CCCGGAAUCAGGACAGCCGAAAUGUAAGUCGCACGAAACUCGACGUCAGAGAUUUCUGGCCAUGACAAGCCAUGGCGGCUUCUGCAAUCUACCGUAUCACAUUCGUUGUAUGCUUGAUUUUCUGCAUGGAAUUCCCACUAUGCAAUGCCGAUAAAGAUCUAAACGAUUACGGACAAGAACAGAAAACUAUGCAGAAGUGCUUUGGGACUUGUUUUCAUUUUGCCGCGCCAGAUGUUACCAAUACCAAGGUGAGAAAUCAAUUAUUCCUUGGGAAAGAAAUAAUUGAAAACCAGAGACGCAGAUCAAACAUUCAAAACAAGAAACGCGCUCAAAUUAUGUUUAUAAAUUUAAAGCAUUAGAAAAACCCCUUUCUGUUUUCCAUAAAGUAUAGGAACUAACAAGCAAUACUGAACUUCUCUGGCUUUUUAAUGCCAUCCUUAACAAUUCAGACAAUUUUCUUUUCCUUCUUUAGCACCAAGUAAAUAAAUAAAUGAAAUAUAUUGCUAUAAUUGAUAAAGGAAAUUUAUCUGUUUUUAGCAUAGUUAUUAAUAGUUACUAUGCUGAUGCAUCAAAUUAAAAUGUUAGAAAUAGUGUUUGGUUUGGUACAGGUAGCAUGGGGGCUCUGAUUUUUUAUUUCAUUUGUUCAGUCCACGUAUUGAAUUUCUCAUAGGGUAAGUUUGACAAAAAUCUCAGUGUUGCUUCCAUUUCAGUGGAAUAACCUUAAGCGGUAACUCAGUUAUUGUGGUCGGCGGUUCGACAUCGUAUUAUUCCACAUUGUAAUUUAAUAUUUUCACUAAAACCUCCGCUUUUUAAUUGAAACAAAAAGCAUGUUUUUGACAAAUUGAAAUUUCAGUAAUUGGUUUUUCAGAUGAUCGCCUAUCGGUUUUUAAAUUUGUUUGAUGUUUGAAAAAAAACGUCAAACACUGUUAUCGGUUUAGGAUUAGAUAGGACCCAUCAGUCUAUGAAAUCUUAGCAAGCAAUACCGGUGACACUGUAUGAUAAAAUUCUGGCUAGACAUAUUUUUACAAUUGACCCUCUCGCUUAAGUUUAUGGUCUUCUUCAUUUUAUUGAUUUUUUUUUAAGAUUUUCAGUAUGAACGGUCAACGGUGUGACAACAAGCUAAGAUAUAGACUGAAUUAGAUCUGAAAUGAAAGUAGACUGAGUGGGCGAAAAUAGCACCUGGCUGGUGCCGCGAAUUUUCUGCCGCGAAUUUAACGCUACGCCUACGCAAAAUGACGACCUGUCAGAAAUGCCUCGCUUUUUAUCGGGAGGUUUAACCAUUUUAAUCUGUGGUGAAGCGAACAUGCUUAGAGCUUCGAUUAGGAAAAUGUUUCACCUGUGUAUGUUUGCCAAUUUUACCUCGAGGAAUGUUCCAGAAACUGUAUAAAGUCACUUUUUUGAAAGACGAUAUUUGUAAACACGCGAAAUCGAUGCUAAAUGUGUCUGGCAUGUUUUUCAUCGCCAGCGUAGUUUCUUAAUUAAUGAGUGGUAAAAGGCGUGAAAUUCCUGUCACGCCUCCUGAACGCGAGUUGCAAUGAUGUUAUUACAGUCCCUCUAUUUUUCUCGCUUCCUCCCAGACAGCCUCCUUCCCACUAAGUAGUUUUGAUACUCAUGCAAGACGGCAGCCCGCAACGCAAAGCGGUCGAUCUUGACGAUCUUACGGGAAAAUGACUGCUUCUAGACUGUGAACAGUCUAGAAGCAGCCCGGCCAGGGAAAUAUUGUAACACACUUUCUGCCAAAGAAAUUGCUGUUAGAAAUGCCUGGCUUUUUAUCGGGAGGUUUAACCGUUUUAAUCCGUAGUUAAGCGUUGCUGAAGUGAGAAUGAUUAGCGCUUCGAUUAGGGAAAUUCAUUCAUUCAUUUUAUUUUGCCAGAAAUACAACAAAAGUAUAAAGAAAUACAUUAAAGAUAAUAUUCAUUCAAAGUAUUUCUCCGAUUCUGAUUGCCUAAAAGCACACGCAUAAUUCACCAUAACCAGUUACUGAUGACCAAAUUUGGAAGAAUUUUGUGUUUAACGAGGAAAUGAAGUCAAAAAUGCAGCGUUCUUGCAGGUUAAGGCACCGUUAACCGAGAAGACCUGGGGACGAGGUUGAGUUGUUUUGGUUGUGAAAACAAGAAAUGGCGGACAUUUCACUUGUUUCAAGAGUCAGAACUAGGCAAAAUUAUAGCUAAAAACAUGCCAAGAACAGCAAGAACACAACUCGAAGGGCGACAUCUGCUAUUUGGAGAACAUUUGGGGGGCUGAAAAACCCUAAACGUGCACUAUAGAAGGUUAACUUAACAUCGAUGGAGGUAAGCAUGUUUUAGCUUUGUUUUUAAACUAGGAAUUAUUUUGAAUGAAUAAUAAAACAGUUAUUGAAUUCGGCUUUCCUAUCAUAUGAAGAAUUAUGGAGAUCUCGAAGGGUGUUAUCCGCCUUGGCCUACGGCCUCGACGGAUAACAUUCUCCUUGAUCUCCAUAAUUCUUCAUAAGAUACUCAGCCUCAUUCAUUAAUUGUUAAAUAUUCCAACUAAAUUAUUUACAAGAUCAAAUGUGGUAAAGGCAAGGAAACCUACAUAGAAGCCGGGGGCUUAUAAACUAUGGGCUUCCUGGAAAUAUAGGGUAAACAAUAUAUAUAUAUAUAUAUAUAUAUAUAUAUACAAGUUAGGGGUAAAUGUUUCACCUGUGCAUGUUUGCCGAUAUUAUUUUUCAUCGCCAACGGAGUUUUUUAAUUAAUGAAUGGCAAAAGGCGUGCUCUUGAACGCGAGCUGCAGUGAUGUUAUUACAGCCCUUCUACUUUUCUCGCUUCCUUCCAAACCCGCCCCCUAGGUAGUUUUGACAAACAUGUACGUAUGCAUAUAUGUAUUAAGAAUCACAGGAGUUCAGGCGUCAGGAGUAAUCUUCGAUCGUUUAUUGCGACGUGCUGUUUCGUAUGGUCCGAAAUGGUAGGACCACACCGGCAUCAGCCAACUUCAUCGAUUGGCCGUCAAGAUUAAAAGCUGGCAGUAAAAUUUGGGUGGUACGUUUAUAGGGAUGCCGGUUAAGAGAUUGUAUCUAGGUAACAGAUGAAUUGCGUCUUAGUUAAGUUACUCUACAGUUCUGAAAUACAUAUCUGUUUCUGUGGGGGCAUGAACUCGCUCGUUCGUUUCCCCUGUUUAGGCUACAAAGCUCUCUUUUGCAAAUGAUGAUGAAUUUUUCAUAAAGACAAAGAUUACAUUUUUUGCUAAUGUUGCUAUAGGGUUUACAUUUCUUUAAAACUUUCCAUUUUAUCUGGAAAGGUUUCUUAGAGUCUUGUAAAGUCCAAAUAUAUUUUGAGAAUUCCGUCUCAUUUCUUCUGUUCGAACGUCGAAAGGAGGACUCACUGAUAAUUUCUGUAACGUUCCUUAAAGUUUGUUGCUCGUCCGACGUAAGUUUCAGUCGUCGUCGCUGUGGUUACAGUGGCCUGGUAGAUUACAUUUCAUUGGAGGCAUUGUCCUUCGAGUGAACAAUGUAUGCAUGUAUGCAUGUGUGUACGUACUCAUCCAAGAUGGCCGGCCGUAACGCAUAGCGCUCGAUCUCGACGAUCUUACGGGAAAAUAGGGGACUUUGAGCAGUCUACUCUCGGGGGGGGGCAGUUGAGGGAGUUUUAAGAGAAUAUAGAAAUACUCUAAAUGGGUAAGAUAAAACAGUAACUGAAUUCGGCUUUCGUAUGAUCGGGUUAACCGUCAUCCAUCGUAAAAGGUAUUUUUUUCACCCGUCACCCGUUAAAAGUGUGGAUUAAGAUUAACCGUUAAAAAGUUUCAAGUUAUUUCAAAUCUUACUAUUCUCACUGUUCCAGCAGGUUUUACUAAUAAUGUAUAGUUCCAAAAAAUAUCCCGCCACGGAGGGCAACGGAAAUUCCGAGGGAAGGGGGUUCCAAAAGGAGGCAAUAUCCGAGGGGAUGGGGGCUGCUUAAAGAGGUUUUUCCAGGGGGUUUGAGUAAGGUUGGUGAGUUAUUAAUGAAAAACAGCUUCUCUGUUGAGCAAGCUAUCAUUUAUUUUACAGUUACCGUUGUUUCAAAACAAUUAUUAUUGCCGCAUUGAUCAUCUUUUACCUACAGUUGACGAGAUGCUUUUUUCACAGCUUAUGCGAUAGUUUUCUUUGAUACACUUGUCAUCGCUGGGAAUAACUGAACUUCCGGUUAUCUACCUGUUGAAUUGCUUUAUUAUACAUUUGAUUCACCGUAAUGUGGUCGGGUUCUCAGCCUUCUUGUAACAUGUUCCAAUUAACUGACAUGAAGUAAUGAAAGUUCACAUUGUGUUUAGGUUGAAUGUAACUGGUUCUUUUGCAGAUGACAUUAUUCAUGUAUUCGGUAGUGUAAGGUAUCGCCUCUAUGGUAAAUUAUUAGCUAACAAAGUCAUUGAGAUUAUUAGACACCGUAUUAAAAUGAAUGGAAAGGUUCUUUUUCAUUUUAUCGCAGAAAAAAUUUCGCAUAAUAAUAUAAUGCAACAACAUCUUUUAAACAAAUAUUCUUUCCAGGGGGGUACCCAACCAAGUUGACAAAUUAUGGAAAUUCCAGGGGGUGGGGGGAAAGGGUAUGAUAAGUAAAAGUGGGGAGUCUACAAAGCAAAAGCUCCGUGGGACAAGGGAGGGGGGGUGUAUCGAUAUUUUCAAGAACUACAUACACAUGUUGUUACACUUGUUGAUGAUUUUAUGUAACUGUGGUUUACAGAUAUCUACAAGGCAGACCUGUUACGACGAGUGCCUACGAACGCUUGGUGAGUAGUAGCUGGCAGAGGCAAUAUUAUCAUCAUUAUUAUUAUUAUUUUAAUAACAAAUAAAUUUUAUUCAUCUUUAAAAAUAUGUACACAAUUUACAGAAAUCGUUCAAGUAAAAAUUAAGCACUAUAUAACAUUAAGAACAAUAUAAAUCUUAAAAAAUACAAUCGCAGUGUCAAUAACGAUUUCCCAAAUACAGUCCUUGCGGCUCAGAUGCUCAGAUGCGAUCAGUAACUCUUGCAGGCGGUCCAGAGUUUUAAAUAAUAAUAAUAAUAAUAAUAAUAAUAAUAUUAUUAUUAUUAUUAUUAUUAUUAUUAUGGCAGUGCAAACGUCUGGAUGCCCAGAGUAAAAAAUAAAAGCUUUGGCUGGCCAGUAAACCGUAACCAGCCGCAGCAUCGACUAAAAUCUAUGGUAACGAUUACACAAUAAUUUGCUUCAAAAAAAAUAAAUAAUAAAUAAAUAAAUAAAAACCUGGGUAAAAAUGAUUUGAUAAGAGUGUCAUAAAAAUUGCAUAAAUUAAUAAAUAAAUAAAAACCUAAAAGCUUUAUGCACGUCUUAAUUACAAAAUGAAAAUGUUCGUAAGUUGAAACCCAUCGUUCAUAUAGCUAUCCAUUUAAUUAUGGGAACGUCUAAGGUAUGUAAAUAAAAUUUCGAUAAUGUAUUAGAUUAAGUAUCUGUUAAUAGGUGUCCAAAAUUCCUAUUAUCAAUUUUUAAUUUAUUAUUAUUAUUAUUAUUAUUAUUAUUACUAUUAUUGUUUUUAUUAUUAACUUUAGCCUCGCGAGGUUCUAAGAUACACGUAUUUUUUCCAUUUAUUCCUCCUUGCAGAAAUGUUUUUAGUUAAUUUGAGGGCAUUGAAUAUGAGUCAAUAUACUACAAUGUAUGGUAUCUAAGGGAAUGAAGAUUCUAGAAUUACAUUAUCCAAUGAUUUAGAAGAAAAGAAAGAAAGAAAUAAUGAAUAAAUAAAUAAAUAAAUAAACAAACUGAGUCUGUACUCUGAGUCUGAGUCUCCAGACGGCCAAAUCCAAGGAGCAACUACUGACCCUCCCUACCCAUGAAGCUUAUGACUAGUCAAUCACUUCUCCCAAGCUCUGCUAGUAGUGUUAUGAUUAUGGGUCACCGCAUUGAUUUGACUGGCCUAGGCCACAGGAAAAAUUCUCUGACUUUGCACUGCUUUCUGACAUAAAACUCUAAUCGAAGUGACAAAAUCGUCCCUCCCUACCCCCCUGGUUUUCACACAAACAAGGAAGCCACCCACCCACGGAUAGGUUCCGGCCUGGGCUCUCUGCUGACAUCUAGCAAGACGCGAAAACUUAGCGGGCACCUUUUAGCAAAAUCACACAGAGGCAUAAAUAUAUAAAACAAAUCGACAGAUGAAACUUCUAUUUAAAAAAUAUCUGCGAGAGUGAAGUCAUCCUGUUUUAGAAUAAUCAGUUUGGAGUCAAGGUGAAAAUAUUGAUGUUAACAAGAUAAAAAAAAAAAAAAUCUUUUGUUGUGCACUUUUGAAAAUAAAUGUCAAAUUAAUUAAAAAUGCGAAAGUUCACAACGUUGACAGUAUUACCACUGUUUGUGUUUUAUUUUUUUAUUCAAGCUACGAUGGCAGAAGAACAAUCGUCUUUAUAGAAAUACACUGUUGUUAACAGGAAAAAUCAAACAACAAAAUUAAAUGCCAUUUUAUAGUUGAAAAGAACGAAAGUGGGUGGGAUGCAUCCCCCUUUCCCCUUACCCUUUUUACGGUGGGUUUAGGUUUGCUAACCCGGAUUUGGAUGACAAGUAAGGCUUAAAGAAAGAACUUUUAAACUACGGUUUUUCUCAUUUUCUCUCCAAUAUAUCACCUGUCUGCGAGUUAUUGUGCUAAAACAAUUAUUCACAAACUCAUGCUCAGUGAAAUAUUGUAUAAUAAUAUGUCCGCUUGGCUUCGUCUCGGGGAUUGUCCACUUGUCUCAAAUAUUAAAUUCGCCUUUGGCUAAUAAUAUAUUGCUAAAUAACACGAAUUUGUUGAGGAAUAGGCAAACAUAAAACGGCCACCAAAACAUCAAUCGACGAAGGUAUUAUUUUAAAGUAUGAAUUUUUUUGAAUAAAUAAUAGCACGAUAAUUACUUUCGGUUUUCGUAUGAUCCGAAUAAUUAUGCAGACCUCGGAGAGUGUUAUUCGCCUCGACUAAUAACACCUAAAAUAAGACAAACUUAAAGCAAGGGGCACGCAUGCACCAACCCAAGGUCUGGCCAGUACCUCACGCAUGCACACAGCCAUAUCACCCGGGCAGUGGCAGCCAUGGGCGCUCAUCAGCAUGGCAUAGCUAUCGGGUCUAUAAACCGUCUUAACCAGUCCGGGCCGUAACCAUUUCUGGAUAUCGGUUUCAUGCCCUGUGAUUGUUUAAGGUCAAAACCAAAACAAAAUAAACUUGGCCAAGAGAUACUAGAAAUAGGUAAAAGUUGAAAAAUUUCUUUGAUGGCAGCCAUUUCCGGUAAUCGAUCGAAACAAAAUUCAGUAAUAAAUGACUUCAAGGGAAGACAGCAUAGAAAUAAUUCAUUUAUUUGCAGCAUACAAGUCUUGACAUUCCCGCACUCUGAACAAGUGAAGCGGAUUCUUCCCAGUACAAACUCAUCUUUUCAUUAUCAUUUCAUCAUCAUCAUCAUCAUCAUCAUCAUCAUCAUCAUCAUCAUCAUCAUCAUCAACAUAGAUUUUUCUAUUUCCCUCUUGUCUUAUCAUUCUGCGCAUUGGAAUUUCAUACCUUUUUCUUGUUUACAGGAAAGAAAGACUUGAUUGAAAAACACAAGAAAAGCCAGGUUUUUCAGAGAUUCAAACGAGCUGAGACUGUUCAAAGUGAGUCGGUUAUUUAUUUAUUUAUUUAUUUAUUUAUUUUACUUCAUUUUCUCUUGUUGACUUUGAAUUCCCGAUUAUCGAACGAGUCCAGCAUAUGGAGUUUACCUUUUUAGGCUUGUAUGCUAUCCUAUAAGACAACGCUACAAAGUAGUAGCUAGCUAGUGCAUAGAUACAGCUUACAAAUUAUGAAAGGAAAAAAUAACAGAACACCAUUGUGUAUUUUUUCUUUUUUCUUUCUCUUUCAUUUUCUUUUCUUUUCUUUUUUUCAUAAUAGAAACACUUUAUGGAGACACUUUAAAAAAAAAGGUCUAUUAUAGCCUCGUUUCUUUCCUUAUGUAACUAAAAUGUGCUUUUAUUUUGUUUUCUUAUUUUAUCUGCCGUAAAUGACCUAAUAAACGCCCGAGACGUCUAUUUAAUUUUAGGGUUGCAAGCCUGGGCGUUUAAUUGAUAUGAUUCGUUUAAAGAGAGAAGCGUUUAUCCUCAUGAUUGUAAGGUAUAUUAGUAAUGACAAUAGGACUGAGUGUCAAUAACAAAAUGCAAGAAUCUCAGUCUUGAAAUAUUUUUUAAUGUGAGAGAAAGAUUCCAAAGCAAAAACAUGAUCGGUUGCAACUUUGAAUGAAAUCAUCGGAAAGUGGAAGCCCGAAAGCAUGAUGAACUUUCCAAAAAGAAAAAAAAAACUUUUUAAAUUAAAAUACAUCACUACUUUUUCAUUGAUUUUGAUCGGUUAUCAUGCGCUAUGUAGUUAAAUUUCAUUAAGACAAUCUGGAAAUCUAUCCAUCCGAGAAAUUUGGGCAAUCACGUGACCGUACGCCAGUACGUCCGUACACUCUUUGGGGGUGGUAACAAGUAGACUCUGGGAUGGUACUUAGUAGACUCUGCAAGGGAGACGAGGAAUCCAAAGCACGCAGCUUGCGUUUGUCUUGGCAAAAGAUUAUCAAGGUGGUUGAAGUUCACUUAGAGACAGCCAAUGGAGUUUUUCUAGAGUAGUUCUUGAAUUUCGUUUGUUUGAUUUAUGACAAAAACUGUGAACAAUAUAUAUUUUUAGCGUGUGCUUUUACCUUGGUCACAGAUUGGUCAAAGUUUUGACAGGUGAAUUCAUGCGUAAAAACUUAUGCAGCAUCUUGAAGUUUGUUUACCGUCAUGUAUAAAAAGUUUAAGCUUUUUGUGUUCUUUCAAUGCUGCCGCAACAAGAAAUACAGCCGCUGUCAAGAUUCUUUCUUUGUUCAUAGUUGGUUUGAUAGUUUGUUUAUCUUUUUUGUGGUUGAAGAAAGGCGUACAAGCGGAUUCAUAACUUAAGCUUAUCUUGGCAGCGCUUUUGAAAGCUCAUGCAUGAAGGCUUAACUGACCUAAUUUACUGCCUUUCAGGGCCUUUUCCUCAGGUGAGGUUGGUUAUUUCUAUUGUUUUUUUCUGUCUGGUUUGAUUUCUUUAUGAUUUCGGCGUUAUUAUUUCCUGUCACUUACGGUGCUGAGAAUACUUAGCUGCCGUCUCAGGAAAAAAGAAGUAACCGUUAAGUCUUAAUGAAACUCUUGCUUCGAGGUACGUUCAUCUAGUUUUCGCCAUUUAACCUGUUUAAAAAAAAAAAAAAAAAACGACAACGGAGCCGGUAUAAAACAACAACAACAACAACAAAAGAGACAGUUAAUAAUCAAAGAUCAUAAAUCGAACACACUAAUCGUCUUUCUUAAAUGAUUAAACAGAUUAGAACUGUUCUUGUUGCACAUUUUCUUUUGCAUUUGAUUUUUGUUUUGUUUCUGGUUUCAUUUUUAUGCCGUCACUUUACGUACGUUUGUAAGAUUUGAGACAACAGAUCUGACCUAGUAUCAGCUUUCAUAUACAGAACUUAAAAAGUCUUUAGAAAUUUUCUGACCGCGACUAGAAAGAAAACCGAGGUCUGAAGAAUUAAUUCAGUGAUCCUGUUGAGUGUAAAAAGAAUUAAAGCUUUGUGCGAUAUUCUUGCCUCGAGUUCAUCUUGAAAAAUAGCAAACACCAGAAACCGGCUUAAAACUCACUGAAUAAGCAUUAUUUGAUAAAUCUGCACGAUUUUUAUUCAUGACUCAGUAUUUUCAAAGACACUUUACUCCCAAAACUUGUCUUCGUAAAUAGAAGUUGUUGUCUUUUAAAAUGUUUCAUUGAGUAAUAUCUUUCUUGAUUGUUUGUCAAGAUCUCUUUCUUAUCGCUUUGCCGGUUGUUUUCAGUCGUACAUGAACAUCGCAUGCAGGAGCGUGAACAUUAUGGUACUUUAGAAGUAAAAUUAAAAAUAAAAUGAUUCUGAGGCCCCUUGUACUAACUGUGUUCGAUUUUUUAAAUAAAAGCGCUCUUUUUCUUAUUAUUUUGAAGCGUAUACAUAUUACCGGGUACUGUCCAUUCAUACACUCGACAGUUCACACUGAACAUGGCGCUUUUUUUGGUAAAAGUCAAAACGGGUGAUUUUGGAAAUUGAAUGAAGACAAGGUUUUUCCGACAGCUUUCGCUCGAAGCCCAUUAUUACCCUGCAUACUACACAUCAAAAGGCGAUGAUUGACCUAACUGAACAGUCCUGUCUAACAGUGGAAUUUCCUCUAUGUAAAAAACGUUUUAUCUUGUUUUCAAUUUUCGGGGAGCUCCACGCGCGCGCGCUGGCGCAGCCCUAUAGCUAAAUAAAUCUACCCGUCCCAGAAAAUUUGAUAAUCACGUGACCGUGCACCGACCGACCGACCGUCCGUCCGUCCGCACCACAAGGAAACCAAUGUUUUUGUUUUUAAUCUUGCUUGAUGCGUAAGAGGGUUUAAAAGUCUCAAGCGAUUCUGGCCUUACUUGAUUGCUUUGGGAAUUGCUUCUCGAAUGGUAAGCCUCAGUGAUUAUUGUAUUUGAUGCUUGUUUUUUUUAUAUCUAAUUUCAUGUAGUCAAGCACAGUUUAUGAGGCAAGUUUAUGCACGUUUGUAAGAUUUGAGACAAUGACCUGACAGGUUUGAUAUAAGCUUACAGAACUUAAAGAAGCCUUUAGAUGUAUUUUCUCACUGCAAAUAGAGAGAAACUUUCCGAAGAAUAUUUAGUUAUAAAUUUGGCUGUACAAAGAAGACUUUGAGCGAUUUUCUUACCUCGUUGAGUUCAUCUUUGAAAAAAGCAAACACCGGGAAGCCGCCUUAAAACAUUAACUUAAGCUUUAAAAAAGCUUAAAGACUCAGGGUUUUUAGAAACACUUUAAUAAUUGUCUUCGUGAAUGAAAAUUGUUGUCUCUGUAAAUGUUUCACCGAAUUAUAUUUCUUCUAUUGAUCGUUAGUAGUCUCUCUUGCAAUAUUAAUUGCUGAGCUGUUUGUGUUUAGUCGUUCAUGAACUAAAUCUCUAGAAGAAUUUCUCAAAAUGCCGCGCGUAUCAAACGCUUUUUAAGAUUACACAUCGUUAUGAAACCAUUAAAUAAAGAACAAUAAUAAACAUAAUUCUUUAUUAUGUUGAAGCGUGACUGUUAAUGUUUAUUCAAACACUCGACCACAGCUUGUCAAAAGUGAGAACCGGCUGGCCGUAUAGGUGAUUUUGGAAUUUUUUUGGAACAGUAUCGCUAAAAGCCCACGAUUGUUUGUCCUGAAUAUGGACUGCGUGCAAUUUGUCUUGAAAAGUUGUGAAAUACUGCUUUCUGUCCGAGGUCUGUAUGAUAAAUACAGCGCCUCAUAGUACUGUUUCACUUCAGAUGUGAUGUAUAAAAAGUACAAAAGGUUGGUUUACAAACCCCUAGAUUUGUUGGUAAGAUCUCGUAAAUUAAACUGGUCGAACGCAAAAAAUUCUGUUUUCCAAUAAUUUGUUUUCCAAGAUGAUUGCUAUUUUUUGGGUGUACAUAUAAGGCUAUCAACUCGACGUAAGAUGUUUCACUCGGAAAUCACUUACCCUUUCCCUCAAAAGUCACAUGAAUGUGCCCUUAAGUUAACUGAUUUGUGGAUUAUUGUUUGAUUUAAAUUAUGAAUUUAUUACUGGGAGCUUCGCUAAAUCUAUAUAUUGAAUGAUUUAUUUACCUUUUUUUAGAAAUGUGUGAACUUCGUGUCCAAAAAGGCCCCUGUUUUAAUAUUUCUGAAGGAAAUUUCCUCGCUAUAGCUGAAGAAGACGUAGCUAUAGCUUUGCACAAGCUUCGAAACACCAACAGGUUUUAUGUCAAUAUAUCGUGGAUUCCCCCACCAGGUAGGUUAAUAACGUACAUGUAAUAUUGUUUUAAGGUGGCUCGAUACAGUUUUUCAGGGUUAAUACCUCACAAGUUUGAGCGUAAACUACGUUUUCAUAUUAACAAGGAUUUGGAAAAAUUGCCACCACAGUUGUAUUAGAUAAAGAUGAAAAUUUGUUAUGAUCAGGGCUGCAAUGACACUGGAGUUGUCAUCUCAACGAAAUGACGCUAUUACCUAUUUUACUUGCAGCAGUUUAUCUCGGCACUUAGAAUCAUCCACAGGAGCUUUCCUCCAUUAUCGGCCUCGAUGUUCGUGAAAUUUAAGCGAAAUCUGUAUGAGAGUUAUCGAGAUAUUUUGGGAUGAAGUUUUUAUGGUUAGAAACAGGAUAAAAAAUGGACAAUCUUGAUGUUUGGCCGUUAUCUGUAGAAAACGAAGCGCUUCUGACAUACAAUUUCACCUCAUAGUAGUUUCAAUCUUUUUAAAAACGUGUGUGAAAAAUCAUGGAGAUAGCUCCAGCCAAUUGCUAGAAAGAAGGGUUUGAUUAGUACGUAUCAAAGCGCUCUUAUCAGGGUGUUGUAAACUUUUUGGUCUUCUUUAACAAAAUAGCGAAUAAUUUUUAUACUACUCCAUAGAUUUUUAAAAAAAUUCAACAUUCUUGAGAUUAACCUUCCUUUUAUAUGACCUUUUAGUUUCAAGAUUUUUUAUAUAUUUUAAGGCAGUAAAAUAAGGGCUACGGGCUACGGGCUACAAUUCGCUAAUAUUUUGUCAGAAAUUUUGUGUUUACAAGUGAAAGCCUGUCAUUAUUCAAGGUAUUGUCUCCUACUUUCAUUUUCACGUGAACAGCAGUAACUAACAAUGCAUUUGAAAUAUGAUGCAAAAAAACUUGGAGACAGUACCCUGAAUAAUGAGAGGCUCUCACUUGUAAACACAAAAUUGUGACAAAAUAUUAGUGAAUUAUUGCCCUUAUUUUACUGCCUUACAAUAUAUCAAAAAUCUUGAAACCAAAAGGUCAUAUAAAAGGAGGAUUAAUCUCAAGAAUUUUAUUUUUUUUAAAAAAAAUCUAUCGAGUGGUUUAAAAAUUAUUCGCUAAUUUGUUAAAGUAGACCAAAAUGUUUACAAACCGCUAACAAAGAGCGCCUCGAUACAUACUAAUCAAAUCCUUCUUUCGCAAUCGACUGGAGCUAUCUCCAUGAUCUUUCACAUAUGUUUUUAAAAAGAUUAAAACUACUAUGAGGUGAAAUUGCAUGUCAAAAGCGCUUCGUUUUCUACAGAUAACAGCCGACAUCAAGACUGUCCAUUUUUUACCGUAUUUCUAACCAUAAAAACUUUAUCCCAAAAUAUGUCGAUAACGCUCUUACAGAUUUCGCUUAAACUUCACGAACAUAGAGGCCUCUAUUGGAGGAAAACGCACCCGCGAACGAUUUUGGAAGAACAGGUUCCAGUACCGAGAUAAACUACUGCAAGUAAAAUAGGCAAUAGCCGCUAUUAGCUAUUUCGUUGUUAUGACAACUCCAGUGUCAUUGAUCAUAACAAAUUUUCAUUUUUAUCUAAUACAACUGUGGUGGCAAUUAUUCCAAAUCUUUGUUUAUGGCGACGUAGUUCAUGCUUAAACUUGGGAGGUAUUGACCCCGAAAAACUGUAUCGAGCCACCUUAAGGGCCGUCCUUUCGAAGUUUCAGUUUAGCUUUACAGCCCGUAUCCUCUAUCUGCUGGAGUUUCUUUUAUAUGAUUGAAUAUAAUCAACAUUGCAUCUCAAUAUUUCUAUGUAAGAGCAACGUUAAGUCAACGCAGCGUCGUCAGCAACUCGGAAAUACCUUUGUACAAACUAGUCUGAGCAGCCCGCUACAAAGAAAAAAAUGUUUUUUUUUUUAUUUUGCUAACUUUAGUCAGUCAUUCAGUUGUUAACUGGGGAAUCAUAUCUAUUGGGCCUCAGUUAUUCAAAGGAUAAGUAGCUCUAUCUAACAUGGGCCGAUCACUGCGCAGUGGAUAAGUGGAUAAAUACUUAAUGACCCACUUGAUAAUGAUUAAUAAAGAAGGUUCCUUCAGAUAAAUGCUACGUCGGAAUAAGGAAUAAACCAUUCGUUCACGAAACGUUAAUCAGCGUAGUUGCUUUUCUAAUUAAGUAUUUCCGUUUAUUUUCAUAUUUUAUUUACAAGUUGUUAGUGAGCUUUAGAAUAUUGUGGACUGGACUGGCUGUAAACGACACAAAAGAGAGUACCUCAAAAAAGCAACAUUUUGUCGUUGUCAAAAAACAAAACAAAACAAAACAAAACAAAGAAAAGUAACAAAGCGCAUGAAAGACAUAAACUCUAGAAGGUAAUUUGUCAUUUCUGCUGCACGUUGCCCUAAUUUAUCUAAUAUUGGAUUAGAAAAGCAUUAUUAAAGGGUGAUCAGCAAUAUAACGUUACAAUUGAACACAAUGCAAGUAAAGCGUGUAACAGCCGGACGUGAUGAAUAUGUGCUAGAAAAACUUACAGUCUUUUUUUUGUGAUAAUUGUUCCAUUACACUGUAUCAGAAUCAGUGAACUGGACUGGAUAUAAGUUGGCUUAUGCUUAUGGGCCUGACUACGAUCACUACUGUUGCCAAGACCUGGAUAAGGUAGGUCUUCUUUGAACUUUUUUACUUUUAGAGUAAUACCUACCAUAAGAAAGACUGCAUUAGUGUUACCACUACUCAACACUGUUAACCUGGUUCUUAACGCUCCGUUUUGCAAUAGCUAGGCAACAUAAAACCAGACCAAAGGCAAAUACAGUCAAAUCUCCCAUAAGCGACCACCCAAAAAAUGCGAAGACUUAGUUGUCGCGCUUUUGGGCGCUUACAAGAGUCAGGAUUUUCUUUUCUUCCUUUUUUUUUUAAGCAAAAAAAAAAAAGAAAAAAAGAAUUUAUUUAUGACUUCACAACAUUACAUAAACGUUACAAGAGUCAGGAUGUAUUUCACAUGGAGAAGUCUGGACGCAUCUACUUUUUUCAGAGAGUCCGUAAAGUUUUUCUCAUACUCUGAGGUGUAGUACAUACAGUGAACACUAUGAUCAGUUGAUUGUAUCAAAUAGUCGCUUACAAAAGGCUAAAAAAAAAAAAGUCAGUAGCCCGCAACAUCACAGCCUGCUAACUUCUUUUUACUUCUGGUUCUGUUAAUCUACCUAACUAACUACCUAUUAAAUAAAUGCAUUUGAAUACGUUUUCGUUUUUUUAUCACUUUGUGCCGUGAAAGUAAAUUUUAUUUGCGCUGCUAGUGUUGCACAGCUUAAUCCGUGCAAUCAAGUUUUAUUGUAUGAGUUGCGUCAGUUUCUAUUUUGUUGUUGUUGUUGUUUAUUUGGUUUUAUUUCUCAUUUUAGA